UCGCGUCGAUGUUGGGGUGAAUUUUCUUUUAACAUACAAUUCAGUGGAGUUUCUCAUCGCUUUCAGGCUAGUCAUCUUAGAGUGGGGAUUAUUGCGUGUGCGGGAAAAAUCAUUAAGAAAAUUAUACCGAAUAAAAUUAAAAAAAAAACUGUGUCUUACAAAAGAAAAGAAUUAGCAUUUUCUCUUACAAAUAAACUUAACUUUUAAAUACAAACCAAAUUAUCUAGUUCAGAAUAUUUUGUGGAACUUUGUUAUAUUUUAAAUAUAUUAGUUAGAUAAAAAUAUUAAUAACUGUUUUGCUUGUCAGUAAUUUGUAACCUCGAAAAACCAAAAAAAAACUUAUAAUAAAAUGGCGUCCAGUCCAAAGCCAGUUAAGAAAGUCCCAAUUCAUUUACAGAGUGCUCAAAAUCGUGUUUACAUAAAAAAUGGCCAAGUUGUUAAUCAUGACAGCACCUUUAAAGCUGAUGUCUACAUCGAAGAUGGUAUUAUUAAGUUCGUCGGUCCCGCCUCUGAAAUUGGCGUACCCGGUGGAGUCAAGACUAUUGAUGCAGCUGGCAAAUUAAUUAUUCCUGGUGGCAUUGAUCCACAUACUCACUUCCAAUUGAAAUUUGGCGGAGCUGUGUCUGUAGACGAUUUCUACCAUGGCACUAAAGCAGCUGUUGCCGGUGGCACAACAACUAUUAUUGACUUCGUUUUGCCCGAUAAAGGAGAAUCCCUUGUGGAGGCAUACGAUAAGUGGCGUGCAUGGGCUGACCCAAAGGUUUGCUGUGAUUAUGGACUCCAUAUGGGCAUAACUUGGUGGUCGAAAUCGGUUUCUGAUGAAAUGAAAAUCAUGUGCGACGAAUUAGGUGUGAAUUCGUUUAAGAUGUUUAUGGCUUACAAGGGUUUGUAUCAAUUAAACGAUACUGAGCUAUUAGAAACAUUCGAAAGAAUUCGUUCGUUGGGCGCCAUUGCUCAAGUUCAUGCAGAAAAUGGUGAUAUAAUAGCGAAAAAUGUGACAAAACUUCUCUCAGCUGGUGUUACUGGACCGGAAGGGCAUGAACUUUCCCGCCAAGAAGAAGUUGAAGCGGAAGCUGUUAAUCGUGCCUGUAUCCUAGCUCAUCAGGCUGAUUGUCCACUGUACGUAGUGCAUGUGAUGAGUAAAUCUGCUGGCAUAGAGCUUGCCCGUGCCAGAUUCCGUUAUAAAAAUCGUGGAAUCUAUGGCGAAACAUUGGCAGCAGCUCUUGGUACAGAUGGAACACAUUGUUUAAAUGAAUGUUGGCAUCAUGCAGCCGCACAUAUCUUAAGUCCGCCAUUGCGACCAGAUCCUACAACCCCACAAUUUAUGAUGCAAUUAUUGGCAAAUGAUGAUCUCCAAACAACAGGCAGUGACAAUUGCACAUUCAACAAGAAUCAAAAAGAAAUCGGAAAAGGAAACUUCUCGAAAAUUCCAAAUGGCGUUAAUGGCGUCGAAGAUCGUAUGUCGAUUGUUUGGGAAAAGGGUGUUCAUGCUGGUCUUUUGGAUCCAUGUCGUUUUGUUGCCGUUACCAGUACAAACGCAGCUAAGAUAUUCAAUUUGUAUCCUCAAAAAGGUCGCAUUGCUGCUGGCUCAGAUGCUGAUGUAGUUAUCUGGGAUCCAAAUAUGACACGCAAAAUUUCCAAAGACACCCAUCAUCAUGCUUGCGAUUUCAAUAUUUUUGAAGGCAUGGUUUGCCAUGGAGUUCCUGAAGUUGUAAUCGUACGUGGUCGUAUUUGUGUGGAAAACGAUAUAGUUCGUGUUGCCGAAGGGCAUGGUAAAUUUGUGCCUUGCGAGGUACGUCCUGCAUUUGUCUAUGACGCUCUCGAGGGUAAGGUUAAGCACGAAGAAACAACUCACCAUGAAGAAGAAAUUACUAAUGGUACCAAAAAGCUUAACCUUUGUGACGCCUUGGAAAUCGAAAUUCCGUACCAGGAACCAUUGACAAGGGCCAUGAUUUCCGCAAGUGCUGGCAUGGUAGGUGGUGAAGGUUCUUUGGCCAGUACUCCCUCAUGUCGGGGCCAUCGCAUUGAUGGACAGAGAAAUAUGCAAGAAUCUACAUUUUCCAUUAGUGAGGAGUUAGACACGAUUGGAAAUCGAUCUUGUAUAAAAGUCCGAAACCCUCCAGGAGGUAAAUCAUCGGGUUUCUGGUAAAAUCAAAAAGGCAAAAGACACCGCACAACAAUAGCAAUCUAGAAGCUUCUUCGAUUCGUAAUUAUAAAAUUUAAAUUAAUUUAUUAUUAUUACUAUUAUUAUUUAUUGACGUAAAAUAAUUAUAUCUACCAAAAAUAUAAAUAAUUAUUAUUAUAAUAAAAUAUAUAUUAAAAAAGUUUUUUAAAUCAA